AACAAUUCAUUUGCUUGUAAUAAUGGACAGCGAAGGACCAUUUCUUAAACCAGAAAACAUUCGCAUAAGAUAUCGAGACCUUGGUGACGAUGACAGUAAUUCAUACUUCCUAGCAAGUACAAAACUUCGACCGUAUGUGGGGGAAGAAAUUUAUGUUGAUCCGAAGAAAUAUUCUAAAGUAGACAGCAAUGACGUUGACGAUGAUUUGUUAAACAAAUUCAUAGAGAGGGUUUUGUUAUCUGUGGCGAUGAAGGAGGCAGGCGAGGAUGACUUUGGGGAUUCAAAAUUAGAAAAUGAACCCGGAAUUUCUCCUUCUAAACGGAGAGCAACAAAUAUAAGUAAGGAACGAAGUUUAAAGCAAAGGCGUCAAGACAAAAAGAAUAAAAAGGGCAGAAAAACAGAGAAAAGAGAAGAAGACGUUCCAUGCGAAGCAGUUCCAGAAGUGAACAAUGUUACACAGUCUACAGAGCGAAAUAUUACGCUGCCACUGGGCGAAUUUAGGAAAAUGGUAAACGCCGAAAUAGAAUCAAGAGCAGGUCGUAUCCAUGCAUACUACCAGAAGCAAUGGGAUCAUUUACAACAAGACCGAAUGGCAGCCUACAGGUCAUGUAUUUUGUGGAAAGAGGACUGUAAUAAAGCAGAGUAUAUGUAUUUGAAAGUAGAAACAGAGCUCAACAAAUUACAGACUGCAUACGACUCUCUACAGACGGAGAUGACAAGUAUCAAGGAUGCUAAACGUAAGCGUCGCAUUGCCGCCAAGACGCGUAGGAGCAACAAAGACAGAAAUAAUAACGACAACGACGAGAACAUACCAUACAUGGGACCGAAUUCAGUCUAAUGAUUUUUGUCACUCGUUCUUUGAAGAGAAAAUCAACUGUUUAACAUAAUUGACAAGAAUGUUUAGUUUGAUUUUUUAUAUACAAACGGUUUCAUGAAUCCAAAAGUCAGCCCUCAAAAUA